UGGAUGGCCACGACUGGACAAGUUUCCGAAUAAAUGAAAAUCGAAAGAGAGUAAACGUUGAACUCACCGAAUUUUCACUUGAAAAAUAAUAGAAGUUCAGAAAAAUAAAAUGCGUUUGAUGAAAUAAAUAAUAGAGGUUUCUGGAAAAUUACUUGCUUUCUAUCUAAAAUAAUGGCACCUCCAUUCUUGAUUUUGAAAAAAACAAGACGGCAAAUAAUUAUUAUAGGAUGUGAAAAGCGUAGAGUGCUAUUUAUUUAACAACUGAAAGAAUCCUACCCAGAUUCGUGGUCACUCCUCAAUGAUCCGGCCCCUAGGAAUCCCGUACUAUGACCAGACAACUGCACCAGCCACAUGCAUCCCUUGACCACUUCGGUUUUGGUGACGAUUUUCUGCACGUAUUUGGUGGCGGCGGACCUGGAGCCGCACCGAACGGUUCUCAACCUCAUACGGUUCAACAACACCAUCGAGAAGCCAGUGCUGGAUCCCUCCAAGCCCAAUGUCACCUUGGGAUUCUUAACUUCAUUCAAGGAUAUCGAAAAGCUGCUGAUUGCCGGCGCUGUCCCGUUGGCGGUGGACUUAGUAAACGAAGACCCGGAACUUCUACCUUACCACAACUUGAGGUUCAUAGCGUACGAUUCUGGGGAGGCUGACAGCGCCUUGCCCCUCAAGAAGAUGACACAAAUGAGGGAGGAGGGUGUGAUUGGAUUCAUUGGUCUAGAUGGCAGCUGUGAACACGAAGCCCUGCUGGCUGCUGCAUGGGACAUGACCAUGGUCUCCUAUAGAUGCUCUGACAGCAAGGUAUCCAAUAAAGACAAGUACACAACCUUUGCUCGGACGUUACCACCCAGUUCUAAAGUGUCCAAGUCUCUGAUAUCUUUGUUGAAGCACUUCAAGUGGGAACGUCUGAUGUUGUUGGUGGCGAACGACACGUCCAACAAGCAAAUAGCCGAAGCUCUCAGCACCUUGGCUGUGAAACACGACAUCAACAUUGUAGAAACUUUCUUUUUGCCUGGAGAUUAUCUCACCAAAGACAAUACUACCCUCAAGAAAAUAAUUCUGGACACUUAUCAGAGAACAAGAGUCUACGUUGUCGUGGCUGACACCUACGCUCUUGUGGAUCUAGUUCGCUUCAUGCAAGAGAAAGGUCUCUUGGAUACUGGUGACUAUAUCAUUAUCUCAUUGGAGGCACAAGAAUUCUACGAUCCUAAUAAAGAAUACCAGUAUAUAAGAAGAGACUUUGAAGCUUCGUGGAUGGUCGCAGAUCCCAUUCCAUUUCGUUCCGUGCUGCUCCUGAGUCCCGGUUCCCCCAUCAACCCCGAUUAUGAUUUCUUCCAAGAACUUGUGCGUAACUACUCGGGUUCAGAGCCCUUCAACAUCCCCUUCCAUCCUUUCAUCAAAGUAGAGGUUCCGAUUUAUGCUGGCCUCGCAUAUGAUGCUGUUAUGAUAUACGCCAGUGCCCUGACGGAUGCCCUUGAGAACAAUGUAUCUGCUAGAGAUGGCCCUGGUGUCUUCCAGUAUAUCAAAUCGAGGAAUUAUGAAAGCAUAUUGGGUUUUAGCAUGAUGAUAGAUGAGCGAGGUGAUGCUGAGGGUAAUUACACUGUAAUGGCUCUUCUGGAAACCGAGAACUCCACAAGUUCGAGGAUGAGACCGGUAGCCAGGUUCACGCAUCAAGGAUCAAAUGAUUUGCCGUCCUUCAGAUUAGAGAAGGAAAUCAACUGGAUAGCAGGGAAACCACCUCGAAGUGAACCAGAAUGUGGAUUUGAUGGCGAAAAGUGUGAUACUAGACCGGAUUGGGGAAUGUUUACUGUAUAUGGAAUAUGCUGCUUUGUAACCAUGAUUGCUGGAGUUUUCAUUUUUCGACACUACAGAUACGAGCACAAGUUGGCUUGCCUUCUGUGGAAAGUUGACAUAAAAGAUGUCAGUUGUUUUCCUUCCGAUAAUGACGGCGAAUUUCAACAAUUCAAAAACUUUCAGGAAAGUGAUAACGAGCGUGAGACUUCUGGACCAAAACUUGAAGAUUCUAUUACAGGAAGAAUCAAGUCUACUAUAGGAGUCUACAAAGGAAAUACAGUCUAUAUCUACCAUGUUUACAAGAAAAGCAUAGAUCUAACAAGAGGUCUGCGUAAAGAAAUGAUACAGAUUCGAGAGAUGAGACACGAAAAUAUAAAUCCCUUCAUUGGUGCUUGUGUCGACCCACCAAACAUUUGUAUUCUCACCCUCUUCUGUGCAAGAGGAAGUUUGCAGGAUGUUCUGAAAAAUACCGACAUACACUUGGAUAUGAUGUUUAUUGCAUCACUAGUUAUGGAUCUUGUAAAGGGUAUGAUCUACAUUCACGAGAGUGACAUCGUUUCUCACGGCAACUUAAAAUCAUCCAAUUGCAUCGUGGACAGCCGAUGGAUGUUGAAAAUCACGGACUUUGGCCUUCACGAAUUCAGAGCCAAUCAAGACCCGCCACCGGAGGUUCAGGAAAUUAGAUCAAAAUCGUUGUUGUGGCGUGCCCCAGAACUUCUCCGAGAUCUUAGUCCACCACCUCGAGGGACUCAAAAGGGCGAUGUUUAUUCCUUUGGAAUUAUUCUCUUUGAAAUCAUGGGAAGAAAAGGACCGUGGGGAAAACCGGAGCCUUCCGUCAAAUAUGUGACUGAACGAGUUGCGAAUCCGAAACAUUACAGCGGUGUUUACUACCGGCCACCCUCCGAUGAACUGGACUGCCCCGAUUACAUCAAAAAUUGCAUGGAAGAAUGUUGGAGAGAAGAUCCCGAAGACCGGCCAGAUUUCAGACUCAUCAAAAUCAAAUUGCGAAUAUUAUAUUCUGGCCUUCAUUCUAAUAUUUUCGACAACAUGAUUAGCAUUAUGGAGAAGUACGCAUAUAACCUAGAAGCAGUCGUCAGAGAUCGAACCAGGAAACUUCAAGAAGAGAAAAAGAAGACUGAAAACCUUCUGUUGAGAAUGCUCCCCAAACCGGUAGCGGAACAGUUGCUUCGUGGAGAAAAAGUAGAAGCUGAAAGUUUCGACUCCGUCACUAUUUACUUCAGUGACAUUGUAGGUUUCACAUCUUUAUCAGCUGUCAGCACGCCUUUGCAGGUUGUGGAUUUGUUAAAUGAUCUUUAUACUUGUUUCGAUUCCAUUAUUGGAAACUACGACGUCUAUAAAGUGGAGACUAUCGGCGAUGCUUAUAUGGUGGUCAGUGGAUUGCCCAUUAGGAAUGGAGACCGCCAUGCUGGAGAAAUCGCCUCGCUGGCUUUACGAUUGCGCGAGGCUUUAGAAACUUUCGAAAUCAGACACAGACCGAAUGAGAGACUCAGUUUGAGAAUAGGUAUUAAUUCAGGCCCAUGUGUGGCUGGUGUCGUAGGGUUAAAGAUGCCUAGAUACUGCUUAUUUGGAGAUACCGUCAAUACAGCCUCAAGAAUGGAAUCAACAGGCGAAGCAAUGAAAAUUCACGUGAGUGAAGCAUGCAAACAGAUACUAGACAAACUAGGUGGUUAUGUUUUGCAAGAAAGAGGACUCAUUCCUAUAAAAGGAAAAGGCGAAAUGAGAACGUAUUGGCUGUUAGGAAAAGAAGUCAUGGACUGUGAAUCCUUGCCAUUGGGCAAGUCAUCUCCCAUUCUUCGCCCACCUGCCCACUUCGACCUUCGAAAUCCCCUUCCAGACCUCCUCAAUGGGGGUGGAGAAGCUGUCAAGCCAUCUACCAUCAACGAAAGCUGUAUCAGCCUCUUCGACGACUGCAAACGAAACGCAGAAAGCUAUGUCCGAAGAGCUAACGGCUUUCGUUCCGCACCUACCAUCAACUUCAGGCAGUUCUAUUCGCCAGAAGAUGUACUUUUCUGAAAUUCUGAGCUUGAGUCUGCAGAGAAAGGUGCAGUUUAUUUUUGCUGUCCACCGCUGCAAUAUCAGACUAUCACUUGAAACAUAUGGUGCAUACGUGGAAGGACAUGAUCGUUACACUUCCAUGUCAGUCUUUGUAUUUUAACUCUGUAAAUUCAUAUGAUUUUUUGUUGCAUUUUAUUUAUUCAUUAAUCAUUCGAUUGAUGUUAGUGCCAUUUCGAAAGAAAAAGAUAUCCUGUUUUCAUGCCAAACAAUGGAAGUUAAUAUACUGAGAGGACAAGUUUUUAUUCACACUGAAACCUUCUUUUGCAAUAAAUUCUGUACGGAGUUGUAGAAACCAUGUGAUCUCUAAUAAGCUAUUUAACAAAAUAGCACUAAUACUAUAAAAAUAUAAGUUCGCUUUUAGUGAAUUUUGAAUGAUCAGCGAUUCAUAUUGUGCAUCUUGGCAGUUCAACAAUGAAGUCUACAAAAUUCAAAUAAUAAAAUACAAAUGGUUAGGUUAAGGUUUUAUGUAUUUUCACUACUUUAUGUAAGCAUACAAAUCAUCAAAAAAAAAAAAAAAAAAGUUCUAAAUCGACAUAUAAGUUUAUGUUGAUUUUAGAUACCGCGUGAAUACAAUAAAGUGAACUCAAUCGUUUACUAUUAAGAUUUGUCUAAUUUGUUAGCAAUAAAAAAAGGGAUCAUCAUCUUAGAAGAUGGUAACAGUUAUCAAGAAAAGAUUGAUAAGUUUCAGCAAAUUCUGAAUUAAUUAAUAUAAUGUAUGUAAUCUGAGCAUGCUAAAGGAUUAGAAAAAGUUUAUAUUAGAUCAUAUAGAUGUUCAAAUGAGUAUAUUGCCAGAUUUAAUGCAUCCACAUUAUCAAUUUAAUAAGAAAAGAUGCCAUGUGUUUAGGUUAUCUUCGAGCUAUUCGUCGGUGGCAAUUGAUUCAUUUGACAAAGUGACAUGGUGAUAAAAUAUUGAAAGCAGUAAAACGCCAUAUUUCAACACCAUAUACCAAUCAUAAAGCACACGAUUUUUUUAUGAUAGUCAAAGGUCUUUAUUUGCAUCUUUUUACUUGGCAUAUGUUAAAAUAUGUGGGAAUUUCUUUUGACGAUUUUACUAUGCUCUGUUAUGUGACAGAAAUGGUAUUAAUGAUGUACUUCUAUUGAUAGUUUACCGACACUAAUUUUAUGAUUAACACAGAUUUUGCCAAUAUUUCCUAUUAUCAUUAAUAUCCCUUCCAAUAAUUUCACGGCAAAUAAACAAAAGUUUGGCUCAAUUAUCAAAUUUAACAUCUUGAUAGGUUAAAUUCAACGCAUUCCAAGUGAUCAAAUUCGCUCACACUGGUACUUUUAUUAUAAUUCUUUCUUAACAAGCUUUCACACUAAGCCAACUAUUACGGUGAAAUAGAAGGCCAUGCCUAUCUCAGGAAGAUUACGUGACCUCGAUGGGUUAACCUCAAAUGUCCUUUCAAGGCAACUGUUUGUCACUGUCUUGCUAACCUGCUAUCAUCUCAACUACUCACACUGAGACAAAACAUGGACAACAGCAGAUAGACAGCUAUUGUGUACAAUAAUUGGUUACAAUGAAGGCAUCUUUAUGCGCCAUUUGAAAUUAUAUUGUAUUUGACGUCAGCCGUUUUCGUAGCCUUCGACUGAAUAAAAUAUUUCACAUGUUAGCAAGUGUGCAAUAAUUUGUCCUCUCAGUAUAAAGUAUGAAAAUAUUUGGCUAGAAAUAAUAUCGUAUUAAGCAGCUAUGAAAACUAUUGUCAUUAAAAUCUUCAAUGUAUUUAAUUUUUUUUUAUAAAAUCUGAUUAACCAGGAAAUUAUUUAUUCAUCUAUUUCAGAUUUUUGCUGCUCUAUUGAUAUAAUUUAUUGAUAAAGCAGUAAUCGCGAAGUUAGACUGUUUUAAUUCAUCCUUCCUAUAAAUUAAAAGCAUUAUGAAAUCUAGAAUAUAGCAUAAAUGUUUUUAUAAUAAUUUUUUCUUUUUUCCAUAGUAUUGAUGAUUAAAUGUUUCUUCAGUUUUAAUUUUACUUUUUAUUACUAUGAAAAGAAAUAUUUGUUUUAGUAAUAGCAUUAUAGAUGCUACAGUUUUAAAAUUUCACAAUAAUAUCAGCUACAAAGUCUAAGAACGGAAAUUCUCUGGCGUGACAAAUACCUCCCUCAGUGAGGCUCUACUCAUACCAGGUUCCACUUCAUAAUUGAUUUCGACAUAACAUGAAAUUGCGUAUUCAUUUCUCAAAUAAAAAAAAUUGUAAAAAAGUUUCCAAUUAAAAAAUCCUAUGAAGAUGGAACAGUUUUGUCAAUUUUAUACUUAGGUAGCUCUGUAGGGUUUGCCAUAUUCUGUUGCUAUUACUUAAUUAGUUUAGACAAGUUAUUCCAUUCGAAAUAUUGCAGAUUUUUUUUUUUUUUUGUUAAGGUGAGUUGUUGUCAAAAAUGAACAUUGAAUAUACAGUACACUAAACACUCCUGAUUACAGUACACAGUACACUCCUGAUUAUCCGCGGAAUUGGGUGGCGCGACCGCCGCGGAUAACAAAAAUCGCGGAUAAUCCGAAAAAAGCUAAAAACGGGUAUAGCAAAAGAGAAAACAGUCAUUCCAACUUUGAAAAAUAGUUUUAUGUAAAAUAAAACGUAAAAUAAGCAGCAGGAAAUGUUUAACUAACGCUUAAUAUUUUAGUAUAUCACUCAAAACUAACCAAAAAUGCAUUUUGUUAGUGAAAACAGAAAAGUGCUUUGUACUUACGAGAGGCGUCAAGGAUACACAGAAAAAUUAAUACAUAUGUACUGUUUUAAUACUGUAAUGUAUUAUGCAGUUACAAAAGCAUAACUGUAAAACUACACCUUUUUGAAGAAAUCAGUCAUUUGUGUUUGCUUCUUGCUUUGGAAGCAUUUUCUCUUUGCUUGGAAGCAAAAAAAAAAAAAAAAAAA